GUGACGCGAAACUUCGAGUCGUUGUAGCAUUUUAGUUUUAUCGUAAUUUUCUUAGAAUAUAAGAAAGUAAAACUAUAUUCCAGAAUUAUAAAAAGAAAGUAAUUAUUUUUUUUAUGUUCAUAAGUACAGAGAUAACAACUAUGAAUCAUGGUGAAUGUUAUGAAAGGAGUUCUCGUUGAAUGUGAUCCAGCUAUGAAACAAUUCUUGCUUCACUUAGAUGAGACUCUUGCACUCGGAAGGAAGUUUAUUCUGCAAGACCUUGACGAAACACAUCUGUUUAUAUCAUCAGAUAUAGUGGAAACAUUACAAGCUCGUGUAGAUGAUUUAAUGGACCAAUUGAGUAUACCAGUACAUGACAAAGGACUGUAAAUAUGGCAUCAAGAGAAUCAGGUAGAGUGAAAGAAUCGGAGAAGCGAAGGGUACUUGACGAUGCCGCUAGGAAACGAAGGGCCAGAAAGGCCAUUGAGGCUCUCGAACAAGACAAUUUCCAUGAAGACCCACAUGCAGAUCUGGUUAUGUCCAAGAAAGUCCCGAAAUUCGCGGAUUCAAACGAAAAACCUACAAGGAAAAAAAAGACUAGAAGUGCGGAGUAUUAUAAGAUGAGAUUUAGGAAAACUUUUGCACAACUUGUGGAAGAAGAUGCAAGCAGUAGAUCGGAACCUCCUAAUUAUUUGUCAGCACAAGUCCCACCAUCAAAGUUCCCUGAUAGACAUUUCUGUGCUGUGUGUGGGUUCCCUUCGAACUACACUUGCAUUCCCUGCGGAGCAAGAUAUUGUUCUGUCAAAUGUCUCGGAACACACUUGGAUACAAGAUGCCUUAAAUGGACUGCCUGAAUUGUUUGAUAUAAGUUUAGUAAUAAAAAUUCACACCAGU